AUGGCUACAAUUAAUGAAUAUUCAGAUCAAGAUCAGUAUGAUGAUGAUAUUCAAUCAAUAACACAUAAAGAAUGUAAAGAUUUUUCAUCAUCAAAUACUCAUACAGGGGAAGCAGAUGAACAAGAAUAUCCAGAAGGUGGAAGAGGAUGGCUUGUUAUAUUAGGUUGUGGGAUUGGAAGUCUUUUAGGAUUUGGUAUGAUCAAUACUUAUGGUGCUUUCCAAACAUAUUAUGAAACCGAAUUAUUUCCAAAAACUUCUUCACAAAGUUUAUCAUUAGUUGGUGCUUGUCAAGCUUCAUUUUUAUAUUUCUUUACCCCAUUGUUUACACCUUUAGUCCAUGCAUUUGGAAUAAGACAAGUCUUGAUUGCUGGUUGUUCUUUAAUGGUUAUUGGUAUUUUCGGAUUAUCAACUACAAAUGAAGGUGAAUUAUGGAAAUGUUAUCUUUUCCAAGCUGUAUUGUACUCAUUGGGAAGUGCAUGUGUUUUCACAAGUGUUAUGAUGAGUCCAUUGGAAUGGUUUAAAAAGAAGAGAGCCUCUGCAUUUGCAGCAAAUUUUAUUUUUGUUGGAGUUGGUGGGAUUGUUUGGCCAUUGAUUUUCAAACAUAUGAUUAAAAGUUCUGGUUUCAAAUGGACAGUAAGAACAAUGGCUUUCAUUUAUAUUCCAUUAAGUAUUGGCGUGAUAAUUUUAAUUCCACAAAGAUUAGAUGAAAAAUAUGUUUAUUGCUAUAACAAUAUAUCAAACUCACGUUGGAAUAAUCAAAAGAUUAAAGAUUUACCAAAUGCGUAUCUCAAGAUGCUUAAUGAUUGGUUUCUUUAUGUUCAAAAUUGGAGAUUUGCCUUGAUGUUGUUAUCUAAUGUUAUUGGUUCAUUUGCAGUAUAUCCUGCAAUAUUCUACUUAGAUUACUUUGGGAACAUAAUAGCACCAAAAGCCCAAGUUUCUUCGUAUUUGGUUGUACUAUACAAUGCAAUGGGUAUAGUUGGAAGAAUUGCCCCAGCAGUAUUAGCGGAUAAGAUGGGUAGAACAAAUGUUUUGAUGAUUUGGAUAGGAAUAGCAGGGGUUUCACUAUUAGCCAUAUGGAUUCCAGCUAUUCAAACGAGAUCAAUCGAUAUAUAUGUUGGAUUUGUUACAUUAUUUGGAUUCACAGUGGGUGCUUAUUUCUCUUUAUUUCCAGCAUGUGUAGGGCAAUUGUUUGGAUUGAAAGGAUCUCAAGCAAGAUUUGGUUUGUUUAUGAUGUUGGCAACCCCUGGACCUUUGAUAGGUUGUCUAAUCGCAGGGUCUUUCAUUCCAAAAGGAUCAAAUUCAACAACUGAGAUAGUUGAUGCUUUUUACAAGUUGGUGAUCUUUUCAGGAGUUAUGCUUAUGGCAGAUGCUUUCGUUCUUUCUGUUGUGAGGUUAUCAAUCAGCAAAAAAUUACUAGCUUUUGUAUAA